AUGAUGCUGCUGCAGGACAGGGAGUUUCCAAGAAGCGAUGCAGCACCUUACAGAUACAGAGUACUCUUGCGUGAAGACACUGCUGAGGCACCGCCGUUGGCGCGGCCGCGGCCCCGCAACACCGGCGGGCGCGAGCCUCACACCGCCCCCGGCCGGGCCGCGGCUCGGCUGACCCCGCGGGAGGGGGCUCGGGCCCCGCCGCAGGCCGGCCCGCGGCACGGCACCCUCAGACCCCGGCCCCACCGCCGGCAAGUUGGCGGGAGGCGGCGCCCGCCGCCAAACUUUGUCCGGCACCGAGGGGCUCUCCCCCAGCAGCGCGGCCCCCGCCACCGCGGCGCCGGGAGCCCGCCGGGCCGCCCUGCCCGACCCCGGGGGCGGCGGAGGGACCGGAGUCCCCGAGCCGCGAACGGCCGCGAUGGGGCACGGCACAGACCCGCUGCCCGCGCCGGAGCACGGUGUAAGUCCCGCGGCUCGGGCACGGCACGGUCCCGCUGCCCGCGCCGGGGCUCGGCACAGACCGGGGCUCCCCUCACGUCCCUCUGUCCCCGGGGCUCCCCGCACGUACCUGCUGCUGCCCGCGGCACCCGCGCCGCCAGCGCCCCGCGCGGGACCAGCGGCACCUGGGGACCGCCCGCGCGCGAUCCCGCGCGCGCCUCCCGCCGUCCCUGCCGGGUCGCCUUGGAAACGCGGGGCCGGCGCGCGGGGCGCUCCGCGGGAGCGGAGGGGGCGCGCGCGCGUCCGCCGCGCGUCACGCGGGCGCGGCCGGGCCAAUGGCGGCGGCGGGCGGCGCGCGCUGUAGUACUACGGGCCGGGAGCCGAGCGGCGCCCCCGGCCCCGCCCCCGCCCCGCCGGGCAGCGCCGCGACCCCCGAGCCCGGCCGGCCCCCAGCCCCCGCCGCUGCGGCACGAAGGCACCGAGCGCUGCGCUCACCCCGCUCUGCUCCCUUCCCUGGAGGCCGGGAUUACAUAA